CCUCCACACCUUGUUCAAGAAUUGAUUGAAGAAAUAUCACCGUUUGCAAAAAAUGACACAGAAGAAGCUAUACCUUUACAUCUGCGAGUAUUAGCAAGCUUGAGUUUCUAUGCGACUGGAUCCUAUCAACGCAGAGUGGGUAUGGACGCUUUUGACAUGAUGUCUCAAUCCGCUGUCUCUAAAUCAAUAACCGAAAUCUCAAGUAUCCUAACGAAUGAUUUAAGCCAUAAGUAUAUUCAAUUCCCGAAAACACAAUCAGAAGUUGAUUUUGUUAAAAAGCGCUUCAAGGACGAUUAUAAACUCGACGGAGUCUUCGCUCUAAUUGAUGGAACUCUAGUUCGAUUAUCAGCUUUGGGAUCGAGCAUCAGAAAUUCUUUUAUCAGUCGAAGACAUUUCCCUGCUAUAAAUAUGCUCGUGAUCAUCGACAGCGAUAUGCGUAUUCUGUAUAUUAAUGCACGUUAUCCUGGUUCCACGCACGAUACAUUUAUAUGGCAUAAUUCAAAGAUCUUCGGGUUACUGGAAUCGCAAUUCAAUUUAGAAGACCAAAGCCAAAACAUAUAUCAAAAUUCGUUUAUGUUCGGGGAUUUGGGUUAUCCAUUAGAACCCUGGCUAAUGAUUCCAGUAAGUGACUUUACCGAUAACCAACGUAAUGAGAAACGUUUCAAUAAAAAACAAAGAACGAUUCGAAACAAAAUCGAACGCUUCAAUGCAUGCUUCAAGAAUCGAUGGAGAUGCUGCUUGGGUGAGCAAGCGCUCCGAUACAAACACGAAAAAGCAGGUAAAAUAAUCUACGCGUGUGCUACAUUACACAAUUUUUUGAUACAUCAUUCGUUCGAUGUCGAACAUGAGAUUCCUCCAUACACUGAAUCUGAUGUCACAGAAGAAUAUGGUGUUGACAUGCUAGACAUUGACAAUCCAUAUCUUGAAGAAGGUAAAGCUGUGAGAAAUGCUCUUAUUGCUAAGAUGUUCUCUUCAUCAGUUUAA